AUGGCGUCAGGAGACGGAGAUGAUUCACUUUACCCGAUCGCUGUACUGAUAGAUGAGCUUCGAAACGAGGAUGUUCAAGUAAGGAAAGAAACCAUAUUAUUUCUUCUAUUUUUUCUCCUUUUUUUAACGGUUUCGGGUUACAUUUUAUGAUUCUGUUUGUGUCUGACUUCGAGCCUUCUGCGACGUCGACCUGAAUUGUUUUGUAAUUUGACUUAAAAUGGUUCUGUAGUUGCGGCUGAACUCCAUCAAGAAACUUUCGACCAUCGCCUUGGCUUUGGGAGUAGAAAGAACGAGAAGUGAACUCAUACCUUUUCUAACCGGUAAGUUAAAAUACUACACCUUCCUCGUCUGUUAUUGUAAAAAUUGUGUAAGAAAUUCUUCCAUCCAUGCAGUACGGUGCUUAGGUCUAUUCUACGAUCGGGGUUUGACGUAAGUCUUAUACGAAGGUUUUUGUAGCAUAUCUAAGGGAAAAAGCACUUCCUUUGUUGUGUGAUACAUACUUUUCCGUUGUAUCUUAACCCAUUGCAGUGAUUUUGGUGUCUAUUUGGAAAAGAUGCAAUUUUGACUUGAAAGGAAGAAUUAUGUGUAAAUUUGAUGGUGAUCGUUGUGGAGGGUUCGCAAUCGAUGUCUUGGAAACUAACAUUUGCUUUCGAUGAGAGCGUGAUGUGAUUUAUUAAAAAGAAAAGCAGAACUAUUUAACCGAAAGACAAGAAAUCUGUAAGGACUUAAUUAAAUCAAGUUUAGAUGGUAAAAGCUAUCUUUGAACUGUCUUCAUAGAAUACAAAGUAGGAGUAUUUCAAACUGUACACUCAUAUGAGUGGGCCAAGAUCCAUGAGUACGAAAUUUUUAGCUGCAUGUUGUAGGAGAAUGUAUUAUUGUGACUAACGGAAUGUUUUGAAAUGAUAGCCAUGUAAAUCUGUCGGGUACACAUGAAGAAGUUACCGUUAAUUACCUGAUACAGAUAGCAUUGCAGAUUCGUUACAGUAUUUGUUAAAAUCUUACAGUAAAGUACAUGUACCAUAUGAGUAUUGUAAUGUGAACCUCUUGGCUUCCUAGUCUGAUGUGAAUCAUAAGCUGACUGCAACUCUUAUUGUUUACAUUAGCAGCAACUAUUUUUGAAGCUAAGAACAGCUUUGUGUUCCUUAUACUUGUGUGACUCUAAUUUUUGUUGGUCUUAAAUUUUUCUUACCAAUCUUGAUAAUUGUAUUUCUUUUUCUUGAAUUCGUUGUCAUAAUCUGAAACAAAGAAACUGACUUGAAUGGUUUUAUAACAUGUAGUACUUAACAGGUUUUUUUUCUUCCUAUGGUACACUGAUCCACCAAACAAGAUCAUUCCAUCCAAGAAAUGUUGAAAGAGAAUAAAACUAUUGUCCACUCUGAAGGUUCUGUGCAAAAGUUUUUCCCACACCUGCUUGCAGUAGUGUCUGCCCUACCCUCUUUACCCACUGUACAAUAAGAAGAAAAAUCAAGGCCAUUGCACAAUUGGAUAAGGACUUGUGAAAUCAGAUGGGCAUUCUUUUAUUCAGUACUCCAAGAACAUGUUCUAAUGAGUGUAAAUUCAAUGGAGGAAUGAGGCCUCAGAUCAAAUUUUCUCCUCCUUCUUUUGACACUUUAGACACAAUUUAUGAUGAAGAUGAGGUCCUUUUAGCACUUGCAGAACAGGUACUUUUUUAUAUAAAUUAUCGGAUUAUUUUUAUUUAUAAAACUUAAAAUAUUAAUUUAAAAAAUAUAGUGAAAAGCAUACAUUCGCUGUAAAUGUUGUGACAUUUGUUGCUUGUCAUAAUUUCUUUUUACUUUUACUAUAAGCACCCUCAGUUUCUUAGCCUCCCUCCCUCCCUCCCUCCAGAUUCUAGCACCCCACCCCCUCCCCCCACUCUUCCCACAUUCAUACGGCAACCUUAAACUUUUACUUUAAGGUAGAGGCCAAGGGCUUUUAAGCAGCAGUUAACCUUAUAAUUUCAUUGGUACAAUUGCAACUAUCCAACACUUAUGUCAACUUCUUUGGCUAUUCCCAAAGGUCAAUUUGGGCUGCUUAGCAUUCUUGUAAGACCCAAUUUGGCUAACUCGCUGUUACAUGAAUUUUGUACUCUGCAAGGUCAUAUUUUAUAAUUUGUUUACUGAAGUUUUUUUUGUUGUUAUGUUUUGUUUUUAGCUUGGUUCUUUUACCCCUUUAGUUGGAGGUCCAGACUUUGUACAUUGUUUACUGGUAUGUAUUUCCUGUCGUGUACCCUUAAAGGAGCAUUGAAAAUCGUAUGAAGAAAUACUAGUACUUUUUGUAAAGGAAACCUCCAAUGGUAAAACAAAUUAGCAGUUAACCCUUUCACUCUUGGAGGUCUCACAGUCUAACUGCCUCUUAUUCCUGGAGCUAAUUAGAGCAGUUGCACAAAAUAUUAAACCAACAUCAAAACAUGCAUGCUCAGUAGAAUUUGGGGCCAUUAUAGACCCAACUGAUCAAUAGAAAUUAAUUUUGAAACAUUUUUCUUUCUCAUUGAAAUCUGAAAAUACACAAUUAAACAAAGCUGUUGAAGAUAGGUCACAUCAAACUUCAUGUUCGUAACGAAAUUUGAAUUUGCUGCCAUUACGGAAGUCUGAGUUCCAAGCUCCUGGUGGGUCAAAAGACCAAAAUUCAAGUUUAAAACUUCAAAAUGUACAAUUAAAUGAAUAAGUGAAUGACACUUUUAGUUUCUGUUGCAUAUUUAUAUGAUCUGCUCAUUGAAAAAACUGGAAAUUAAGACUUAUAGAAUCAAUUUUUAUGUUCAAGUGUCUUCACUAUGAUAAUCGGCAAAGCACUGCACUUUGCAUAACCCAACACCACACUGUUGGCACUUAUUUCUUGUUUCGACUGGAUAGCCUUUCGGUGUUUUUCUACCAGCAGAUUUGCACUGCACACAUUCUUUCUUUUGGCCUUUUUCAUGAAUCGCUUUGUGGUUUCUUCUGGGUUCUUGGGCCAGUACUUGAUUCACAGCUCACUUUUGAUACAAGUAGCCAUUUGUCAGGCACUUACCCAACUCUAACCAAAUAGGGGCUUUUGGUCGUUUUUGCUGAUUUCUUAUCCUUCAGUACUCAUAUUCCAGAAUAUACCAUUGUAAGCAGCAAUGUUAAAAAGGAACCAAAAUAUGUACCUGUACCACAUUUGAUAAAUAAACAUAGAAAUUGACGACAUAACCAUUUGAAGAAUCAGCUGCCAUCCACACUUUAAUUCCAUAUUUUGUCGGUUUAGCCUUUAAAACGCUAUCAUCCCCUCAUCAACCGAUAGGUUUUUUGUGGGCAAAGAACAGCAUUGAAUAUUUCUUAAAACGGUAUUCAAAGCAGGACAGCAUUUGUACAGACAUUUGAAAUUUACAUCUCCUUGCGCGGGUUCCCGACUCAAGUCAUUUAGAUGUGAAAAUUUCUUUGAAUUGGAUUUUAGGCAUAACUCUCUUUAUUCCUUCAUUGCCCUGAAAAAUGUCUGUUGAUCAGUAGUCGGCAACCUUGGGAAGAAUAUGCAUCCCCAUGAUAACCCACAAAGUAACCUUUCACUUCGGGUUUUCAAACAUCAUGCAAGCAUAGUGGUGUGUCUCCUCCUUGAUUUUCUCAAAAAGAUCCUCAUCAAGCAUCAAACCAAAAAAAUCAUCAGCUUUGGGGUUGACUCCCAUGUUGACAACAAUUCCAGAUUGUGCUGAAAAUUUGUCAACAACAAUGUUACUGAGGUCAGUUGUCCAUCGUUCUUCACUGUCACUGUCCGAGGCUCCUUCAUUGCCACUUUCACUGUUCAAAAUCAAUAUCUUUGGUGCCUUCCUCAUCUGAAUCACCAAAAAUCACCCUGUAUUUGCUGAAACUAAUUUGUAAAGGAUCUACCCACCUCAUCAUUAUUCCACUUAGGUUAUUAUCAAUUUGGAGCUGAUAAAGCAAAUAGCCACCAGGUAGAAGUUUCUUUGCUUUAUCAACUCCAAGUUGAUAAUGAACUAAGUGGUUUUAUACACUCACGGACGACAUUGCUCAAUCAUUUCUUUCCAAGAAAUUGAUCUUCACUGUUGCCAUGUAACAAUAAGCAAAUAAUUACUAAGCUUAUAUUCUUUGAUGGGGGAGGGGAGAGAAGGGGAAAACAAUGGCUCUUUUUGACUGGUUUUGGCUGGUUUGGGAAUGACAACAAGUUUCCAGUUGGCCGGUUUUGGCCAGGCCAGGAGUGAAAGGGUUAAUUAUCAAAAGUGAGCCUGGAGAAGGAUCAUUACCUCUUGUGGCUUCAUGCAUAAUUGAAUACCAGUAUCACUUAAAGAAGUGAUAAUAUAUACCACUAGGUUGUUUGAUGUAGCUCUUAAUUUCAAUGUAUUGUUUUGUUAUCUAGCCUCCACUUGAGAGUUUAGCAACUGUGGAAGAAACAGUGGUUAGGGAUAAGGUAAAGCUGUAUAUUAAGAUGUUGCUCUCCUCUUUUUUUCUUAACUAUACUUUCAUAGAGCCUUCAGUUGCAACAUGCAGUCCUUGGUAAAUUGACAAAGAUUUAAUAUGUCUUCAAAUUUCCCCCACAGGCAGUUGAAUCCUUAAGAACUAUUGCAGCUGAUCAUUCAACGCAAGACCUAGAAAAUCAUUUUGUUCCUCUAGUUAAGAGGUUAUCACAAGGUAUGCAUGGUUUGUUAUACAUAGAGAAUGGUUCAUUGCUGUUUUUUUAUGGCUCAAGAGUAACCUUCAGAUUGUACCUUCACAUUUGAAAACCUCUGUUAAUACAAAGAACUCACAGACACCUUGUUUUGAAAACAAUGUAGUGAUGAUCACAGCUGAACAGGAAAAUGAAAGCUGUUUUGUGUUUAUUUAAUUGAUUGUCAAUUAAAACUUUUACUCCAUUUUCAGGAGAUUGGUUUACCUCCAGAACUUCAGCUUGUGGGCUGUUUGCAGUAGCAUAUGCUCGCAUUAAUGCAAGCCUAAAAGCAGAACUGAGAAGGUAAAGAAGUGUCUCCUAUAGCUCAGUAGUAGAGCUUUUGAAGUAAUAAUCAGAAGGUCAUAGUUUAAAGUUCUAUUGGGAGCACUCGAAGAUCUUUUUUGUGGGUGCACCUGCAUUGUCACUCACUUGAAUAACAUCAUCUUCCACAAAAAACAUUGCUAGGAUAUUUUAAGACUGAUGAGAUGUACAUGUACUGAGCUGCACAGAUACAAAUGGACCUCAUUGUGAUGUUCCUUUACAGCAUCCCAAGUUUAUUCUUUAUAUAAAGACAGAGACUGACCUGGAAUUGUUUGCAUCUUUGACAUAGCUCAACGGUUUAUUUUUAAGAUUAGUCUUUGCUUAUCUUUAUUGACAUGUAUUGCUAGCUUAUGUAAUGAUAUGUUUGACUUCUUUGCAGCCAUUUUAAAAGUUUGUGUGCAGAUGAUACACCCAUGGUUAGAAGAGCAGCUUCUGGAAAACUUGGUGUAAGUUGAAUUAUAUUAAACAAUAAAACUGUACAGUAGUUAGCUUCAAUAUGUGCGGUAACAGGGCAUGAGCUAAAGAGCAAAGAUCAUUUUUACACUACAUUCUACCCAAAGUUUUAGUGUGCACAAUAUUAUCCUUUUUAUAACAAUUUUCUGAGAAAGACUUAAUUUUCCAUCAUACAUGUCACAAAUGUGAUGCUUGUUUUUUUUAUUAUUAUUCUCAGUUAUACUUCUCAACCUCUCAACCUCUAUAAAGUGGAUGUCUAAAUUAUAAGAAUGAAAUAUAGAUUCAUUUAAAGUAUUUAAUACUGAAGUACACAAUAAGGCACCAUAUACGCAACUGUUGUGGACCCCAUCUCCAUAAAUGUCCCAGCAUCUUCCAAAUCAAAUCUUUUGACACUCAAAUUGUAGUUAGGUGAUCUAUGUGGAAAUCAGAUACUGGCUUUUUAAAAACACUUUUGCUUCUGUCACAAGUAGUACCUAAAUUUUGAUGCUUUUUUUAAUUGCCAGAAGUCUUUGUUCACUGAUAAUCUUGGUUUGUUCUGAUUUAAGGAAUUUGCAAAAUGUGUGGAGCUGGAGUUUGUCAAAUCAGAUCUUGUUCCAUUGUUCAAUAACUUAGCCAGUGAUGAACAAGACUCUGUUAGGUUGCUAGCUGUUGAGGGUUGUUCAAAUAUUGCUUCAAUCCUGCCUGAUGAGGAUAAAGAGACUUUGCUUAUGCCUACAGUGAGAUCUGCCGCACAGGUAAUGUACAUGACUAAUAAUUUGAUAGUGCUUCAAAGAAGAAAAUUACUUGAAAAGAUCUGGUUAGAAUUUGAAUGAAUGAAUAGACUUACACAAAAGAUAACAAUAUAUAUAUAUAUAUAUGAAAAAAAACUAAUUUAGAAGUUCUGUCUAUUGUUAAAAAAUGGUGUUGAACAAUUUCAAAAAGACUACUCCCUUAAUGACCUUGCUUUUCAUUGUUUUCAAGGACAAAUCAUGGAGAGUACGUUACAUGGUUGCAGACAAAUUCACUGAGGUUAGCAUGUAUACUGUAUGACUUUGUAUAUGUUUAGUGUGCUAUAACACUGGACAAAAUAGGUACAAACAUUGAUAAUAACUUAAAUUGAAGUUCCCAAAGUUAAGCACAGAGUAGAUGUCUACAUGUACAUUUGUAUCAUUAAUCUGUUAUUAAAGCACUAGGUUCAUGUCGUUUUGCUUCGUAAAAGGUGUAAGCAACAUACAUGGUUCAUCAGAUUUGUUCUUCUGAAAAGUGAGAUACCUGUGAAUGUAAUCAUAAAACUCAAGAUUUUACAUCAGAACCAAGUACUUCAUCUUAUUUUGCUCUUGGUUUAGUUGCAAAAUGCUGUGGGAUCUGAGAUCACCAAGACUGACCUGGUACCAGCCUUUCAAGGUUUACUUAAAGACUGUGAGGCAGAAGUCAGAGCUGCUGCUGCAGGAAAAGUCAAAGGUAGAAUUGAAGUUUUUCUAAAUUUGGUACUUCUUUUCUUCUUAUUAUUUACUGCUGAUAUGUAGUACAACUCUGCUAACACUGAAGCUGAUGCAAAACAGGGUUCAAGAUACCAAGGAGUUAGUGUUACCUAAUAACAGAUUACAAAAUAAUGCAGCUCAAGAGAUAGCUUACAUGCAGUUUGUCUUUUGAUUGAUUUCUCCAUCAUUAUUAGUAGAAUUCACAUUACCUCUGAAGUGAAAUUUGUUAUUCAUGGGAAGCUUAUACUGUACUGAUGAAGAAGGAAUGUGAAAUUUCUUAGUUCAUCAUACUAUACAUGCACAUUUAGAAAAAUUUAUUUAUCUUAAUAUUUUUUUCUUUCUUUCUUUCUUUUUUGUAUUCCUUUUUGGGGAGUAGGCAGCAGUCUGGAAUAAUAAAACAUCAAUACCUUGGGAUAAAAGACAAUGUCAUUUGCAAGUUCAUUUGUAGGCAGUAUUCUAAUGUUGUUCUGUGUGUUUCACCAACUCCCUCUUUCUGCAGAUUUUGCUGAAAAAGUUCCUGAAGAUGUCCGUGAACAAGUCUUGAUGACAAAUUUACUUCCUUGUGUCAAGGUAUGAUGCAUUUGAAACAAAAAUUUCAGUUCUAAUGAUGAUAAUUAAUUUUAAAAUUAAGUGCUUUCGGGUCGGGUAUAGUUAUAUUUAAUCAGUGUUAUAGACAUUUAUGUCAUAGCUGAUGCAGGUAAAAUCUAAUUGGCAAAAGAAGCUUAUGAGUGAUGUGAAGCUGUACAACAUUUUUGUCCAGAAAUAGCAUUGCAAUAUCAUUUUUUUUAUCAUGUCAGAACUUGACUUUUCCAUAAGCAUUGCCAGUGAAGCAUGGUUUGAUUUCUUUAAGAAGAUCUCUUAACCUACAGAUUCUAAAUUUUCAGUAAAAAAUUUCAAGAGCACUGCUGUUGUUUUAUUUUGGCUGAUUUUGAGAACCAUUACCUUCCACUAAUAAAAUGCUAGAGUCAUCCAUUGAUCAGAUAAUAAUGCAGCCUUUGCCUAUCAAAACAUCCUUGAAUAUAACUAUUUUUAGUUUUUGACAGUGUUGUGAAAUUUAGGUGAUAAAUGAUACAUUUUGUGUUGUCAAGAGUGUACUGUAGUUUUACAUGAAACAUUGUUUAAUAUUGCUCUUGUUUUAAGGACUUGGUCAUGGAUCCAAAUCAACAUGUUAAAUCUGCUUUAGCGUCUGUUAUUAUGGGACUCUCACCAAUGUUGGGAAAGGAUAAGUAUGUAUGGUUAAUGUUUUUGUUUAGUUUUACAGUAGUUUUUCACACUAGUGAACAAAUUAAUGUGUUCUGGUAUUAUUAUUUUCUUUUUUAAUGUUAUGUGGUUCAUCUAUUCAUGUAGUUGUUGUGUUAGUUUUCUGCUAAUUAAUGCCAACAUUUUGGUUAUCUUUUCAGCACCAUUGAACAUCUUCUUCCUCUGUUCCUCACUAUGUUAAAAGAUGAGGUAAUGUGUUUGUUCUUUAAACAUUCUCCUGUUCACAUUUAAAAAUAGGGACUUAGCUGAAGCUGAUUCCUCAAUUUGUGCUUAAAACUAUUACAUCAUAUUUUCAAGACUUGCAAAAUGGAUGUCUGUGUUACAGUUACAGAAUGUAUGGUAUGAUAAACCAGGGUAAAAGAUUGAAGGGACAAAAGAUAACUUUUUCAUUUUUCUUUUAACAUCCUUUGUGGGUUAUUUUCUUUUGAGCUAUGAAAGUAUAUAAAUUUAAACUAUAUCUACAGUCAAACCUGUAUCAAGUGGUCACCCUGUAUUAACCGGUUGGUUUAAUGUCCUAAAUUUUUUGCCCUUGAAGUACUGAAAUUUUUACCUCUAUUAAGCUGUUGUGGUCACCUUUGACUGAGUCCCAACACCCCGUUUUUAUUGUCUUCCAUGUGUAUUGGAUGGUCACUUACAUGUAAAGCAGAAGCACUCAAAUGAAACUAAGAAUAAUCUUUCAAUGUCAUCUCCCUAGAUCAAUGCUAAUAGUUUGAGUAUGAAAUAUAAUGGCUUAAAUGCACUGCAGAUCAUCUUUCUUUUUUGGACUGUUAGGACAAAUAUGGAGCAAAUAUAUUAAGAAAUCAAGCUGUAUUGAGAGGUCACCUUGCCAUUCCCAUAGUUGACUGCUUAAUACAGGCUUGACUGUAUGUAAUUAUGCUACUUAACAGUACCAAGUUCAGAAUAAUACAUCCCAAUAAACCCUUUCCUCCAGAUUCCUGAAGUCCGUCUCAAUAUAAUAUCAAAUCUGGACUGUGUGAAUCAAGGUAAGGUGGAAAUUAAAGAAUUUAUACUAUCUUUAUUUGCUUUUAAAAGACAAUAUAGUACAUGAAUAUAUGUUCAAUUUGUGGCUUACUUAUGAAUUAUUUGAAUGUUUUUCUCCAGUCAUUGGUGUCAACCAACUGUCACAGUCCUUACUUCCUGCCAUCUUUGAGCUUGCCGGAGACACCAAGUGGCGUGUGCGACUGGCAAUCAUUGAGUAUAUGCCAUUGUUAGCCAGUCAGUUGGUAUGUUUCCUAACUUUACUCUCUUAACUGUCAAGGGUUAAAAUCAUGUUAAAUUCAUGUGUCUUUCCGACCUCUAGUUUUUUUUUUACCAAUCCUUAAUCUGGGGAAGAAUGAUGGUGUUUGACAAAAGAGGAAGUUGUUCUCCUCAAGAAUUUGCUAGUGGUCUUGUGAGUUGGUUGGCAAAAAAACAUACUUUAUCAUCAGCAAUACUUAACUGUCUAACUCCUAAGAUCUGAUUGUUAAUUCUCCCCUCUAUCUCCAACACAUUUUCUUGUAAAUUAGUUACAAGGAUUUGGGAUUUAAAAAGAUGGCAACUUCUACCUGAUAAGUUUGAGUAUUCUCAUUAUCUGUUUGCUGGACAAUGCAUGGAUACUAUAGGGAAGAGUUACAUUUUAAUCACCUCUGGGAGUUGAGUAAGAUCCAGUGUUGAGAGCUGGUUGAUAUAAAUGUCAGUGUCAGCAGUGCGUUGGGAAACAGAAAGGAUGGUGCUGCUUUAAACAUGUCAAGCUUGGUUGUCAAACAGUGGGAUAUUUUCAGCUCCUUUGUCAAAAGAAUGGAAAAUAGCAACAUGUUAUCUGACUCCCUGAGAGGCACUGAAGUAGUGACAUCCUGAAAGUGUCUGUAUCUGAUACCAUGAAGGUGUAGCUUACCUAAUUUAGUAUGAAUUCACAUCAAAUUCAAUUCAGCCAUGAAAUUGGGAAUUAGCAUUGAAAAUAAGUAAUGUUCAGUGGAAAUAGAACAUUUAUGUUGUGAAAUCAGAGAAUCAUAAUCGCAUUGUGAACAACUGUCUUUUCUCUUACAGGGAGUGGAGUUCUUUGAUGAGAAGCUCAACAGCUUGUGCAUGACAUGGCUUGUAGAUCAUGGUGAGUUGCUUGAUGGUUAAGGUAAAUUAAUAUCUUCUUGCAAUGUUGCAAUGUGCUCUUCAAUCAAGACAGGACAUCAUCCUGAAUACUGAUAAUAAAGGACAAUGAAAAAAUUAAUGUAAAUCAUGUUUUUUUUUCGAUGUGUUGAUAUUUAUGUUACUGUUUUGCUCAGGAGGGAGCUCUUAAAUUCCUUUAAAAAUGUAGUAAAUGGAAUUUAAAUUGUUUAAUUGGUAUUCACAAAUCACAGCUGACUGAGUAGUAAAACUCUUACAAACAAAUCAGUGUGAAAGGUUUUAACCUGGGAUCUUUUACAGAUUUCUAUUAUUGCCCUGCCUUUCUCUGCUCAAGAGUAUACUAGUGUCAAAGUGCCUGGAUUCCUAUCAAAAUGAGUGGUGAGGAGUAGGGUGGGUAACCCUCCCAUCCAUGAGUGUGGUAGCACUGCUGAGGCCUUACGCCUCUGAAACCCGGGUAAACUCCAACAACAAUGACUAUCUGGCCUGGAAACUGACUUAAGCCUUAAAUGGAAAUGGGAUGUGAAUGAUUAGUGAGCCCUUGGGUAUAAGGAAGCAUGGUAGUGACACUUGGGGAUAUUGUUUUGUAAUAUGAGAUUGUCAACAAACAUCGCUUUCAAUUACUUUAUUUUACAAUCAGUGUAUGCCAUACGAGAAGCUGCUGCUAAAAACCUCAAAAAGUUAGUUGAAAAGUUUGGAGCUGAAUGGGCGCAGGUGAGGAGCGUAAUUUGAUAAUCGAAGUAACGAGUUGAAUUUGGUCUGGUGCAAAGGUUAUAAUGAACCUUGAAUGUUACAUGACCUUUUAUCUUUAUUUUCUAUUUAUCCUAGAAUCAAGUUAUUCCCAAGGUUUUAGCCAUGGCUACAACUACAAACUAUCUUCAUCGUUUGACUACUCUAUACUCUGUGAAUGUAAGUUGGUCUUGUAGUAGUACUUACAGUUCACUGCGGAUGUGGAUGGAAAUUGUAUGUUGAUUAUGAGUAAUUUUCUGCAAGUACAUGUAAAGAUACCUUCAGCAAAGUACUUCGGCAAGGGUAAAGGGAACGAGAUGAAGCCUACAAUUUAGUGAGCUUACCAAUGGCCCUUCACAUGCGUUUGGAAACUUUGUUCAUUUCCCAUCCGUUCCGUUUAUAGCAACAACGCCAAAUCACCUGAUUUUGCGUAGUGGGAGACCGGGAACACGAAGGGCAGAUUACUCUUUUUGUGAACUAACGCUACUCUCUGACACUUCAACCUCUCGAGAAAUUCUUUGGACAAGUUUAAGUUAAUAUUUAUGUCGAUGCCCUCCAAGAUAUCUCUAUAGGGACUGCUUUGGCUCCCCAAUGUCGUAUUGGUGUCAAAUAGGUACAUUUUAAGUUAGGUGGGGUUACUCAGUCCUAUGAUUGUGAUACCUGUUGAUAUGUUUAUGUUUUUCUCUACAGGUUUUAGCAGAAGUUAUGGGACCCGAAAGUGUAGUCAAACUCAUGCUUCCUGUUGUAAUCGGUUUAGCAGAUGAUUCCGUCGCUAAUGUUCGCUUUAAUGUUGCAAAAACUUUACAAAAAAUCGCACCCGCUCUGGAUGAGAGGUGAGUAGUUUUGUUAAUAACUAAAACUUCAGGCUGGCUAAUUGCCGUGAUGAAGCCUUUGGUAGGCGCUCCAAAUGGGUAGGAGGUCGAUUCUUCCGUGGGAACUCAGAUAGUUUUAUUUGUCCCUUGCUUGUGGCAAACACAAUGAAACCUUCCUUCAUACAACGGGAAGUAUCUCUAGUGUGUUAUCUUGUUUUUACAGUACCAUCAAAUCACAGAUCAAACCAGUCCUUGAUAAACUGAAUGGCGAUGCUGAUGCAGAUGUGAAGUAUUUUGCUCAGGAAGCUUUGACAGGUACUGUCUCUACCUCCAACAGCAUCUUUGGCUGUUUCUCUGUGAAAUCGAAGGAUUAUUGCAAAUGUUUAAAUACCAUCACGUUAAGCGUAGCAGGUUGUAGAUCUCCGAAAGAAGUAUACAGAACUGGGCCUGCUUUAUUCAGUGCUAACGAUGUCGCUCCAAUUUAUGAUUCGCAAAUUUUAAAUAAAAAUAAUACCGGCUUUAUUUAUAUACCGCUAUUUCUAUCGCUAUCCACCAGCGCCUUACAAAUGACUGAAGUAAGCAUAAAGUGCUUGAAAAUCCUAAUUGGCAGGAGGUAAACUAGUUGGCUAUUUACACAGCGCAGCCGAAGAGUUGAAAGCAGGGCAACCGAGAACAAAUCCAGUGAAUGGCAGGGAGGAGGGAUUGAACCCGGGAUCACCAGAUAACAACUCCAGCACCCUUAACUCGGCCACGCCGCCUCACAAAUGUUGUCACCCAGAUUUUGUUUUCCACUAAAGCUUUACCUUUUCUAGCAUCGGUGUUACCACUAUCCUUAGUAUUACUAAAAUCAUUGUCGUAACUAAUCGUUGUUAUUAAUCGUCGUUCUUAUUACUGUCGUUAUCCAGUAAGGGAAUUACAGUGGCUAGGGUGCGCAAACGUUGACAUCAUAGUUGACGAUAAGCUUAAUGCCACUUGAUAAAGCUUGGGAGCUACAUGCUAACUAUCUAGGUAAUAGAGUUUUAUCCAGUGGAUAGCGCUAUCCAACCUUCGAACAACCGGGGCCUGCUUGUUUGUAUGAUGACAAAUAUUUCAACUUUACCUUUGGAGCAGUCCUAGACGUCUUUAAAGUAACGGGUUUAAAUCAACUUAGGUACUUCUCGUGAGAGUUUUCGAACAACAGAAUUUCCAUUAACAAUUGAAUAGGUCAUCCUUCUGUUCAUUUUAUAGGUAGUGGCGUUUAAGAGUAACCUUUUUCUCUCUCUCUCUCUCUGUCUCUCUGCAGUUUUCUAGUACCAUCUUCAAGUCGUCUAGUUCAAGAUUUGUCGUUAUCCUGUCCGCAGCCGAACCAUCCUAUCUCUUGAAAUAACACUACGUUGAUAACAAAGCUUAGGCCUGACCAGACGACCGUUCAAACUUAUCCAGCCCAUGCAUGUGUGAUCCAAGGAUUUGGCCGACUCAGUGAUCUUAUAGAAUGAUUUCAAGUAGACAUUAGGUGGCAUCUUAAUCAACUGACCAUUGUUAAACUAAUAUGAGACGCAACAAAAGAGAAAAGCCCUAAUCGAGCGCACUUUCAGAUAUGUUAUUUCGUGAACAGGUACAACUAACUCGAAUGUUGCCAAGGAAAAUACUUUUUUAUAUAAUUGCCUUUAUUUGUAAGGAGACGGGAGUGCUGGAAAUAAGACUUUGACUUUUGGUGUUGUUUAUGAGAUAAAUCUAUGGGACUAAAUUAAUUUGCCUGUGUUUGUGAUUUAGUUGGAUGGAAAGUACCGUCACGAGCAUGAAAUAAUUAGAUGUUUGGAGAGGUAUUUAGUUACGUUUCAGACAGAAGUUUAACUGUGUUGGAAAUUGCGUAUGAGUGGAAGAUUUUAUAAUUGCUAUUGUUAUUAUUUUGGUAAUCAUUAAACCUGUAUAGCUGACGUUUUGACUGUACGUGUAUACGGAAUAACAUCAAUUAUUGUAUUAAAAGUCUUAUAGUUUGCUGUC